AUGGAUCCCUUGGGGGUUGUUGCUUUUGCAGCCAGUGAGCUAACCAAUAUCAUUGACAUUAUCAAUGUGCCCCUCGGAGUCGGCACCGCGUAUGUGAAAUGGCAAUUGCCGUCAUCGGCUUCACCUGAACACGCUGGAGAAACGGCUAAAGUGCAGCUGCAAGCCCAUAGAGCCACCUGGGGUUAUGAAAAGGGAUUGACCGUGAGGCUGAUGGUCGACCGGAACCAGAUGCUCCAGGACUGCGCAAUCCAUUUUGAUAUUUUCCAAGAGUUUUCGCCGAACAAUCGGAGUGAUAGGUCACUACUUGGUAACAUUGACUUAAAUCUUGCCGAAUAUGUCGACGAAGGUGACACCGAAGAAGGCGUAGUGCGUCGGUAUUUGAUGCAGAACAGCAAAAUCAAUGCUACAGUUAAAAUCGGCAUUAUGAUGCAUCAAAUCGAAGGAGAAAGCAACUUUACUGCGCCUCCACUUAAACCCGCCACUGUUUUCAGCGGGAUCGCCGGCUUCAUGAACGCAACCAAAGGAGAGUCUGAGGAUGCAAGACGAGUGCCCUCGUUUCACCAAAGAACUGCGGAGUAUACAGAGUUGCGAGAUCUUUAUUUUCGUAACCUUGCUGCUUCCUGGGCUAGCCGAGCUGGUGAACUGCCGCCAGAUCAAGUCAUUGAGGACAUUUUUGCCGGAGGUGACGGCUGGGCAUCUGGACGUCCGAGCCUCAAACGCGAUGACGACGAAGAUGAGACUGGAUCUCUGAGCGAUGCCGAGUCUCGACGCACAGUUCGAAGUAAAUCGCCUGCGCGCAGUACAAGAUCAGGGGAUUCGUUGGGGAAUCAUCUUCGCAGCCGUAGCAAGCAUUCAGACUUCUCAUUUAGCUCUGACGUUGGUGAUAAAGAGCACAAAGGCAAAGGGAAGCGACGCAAGAACCGCGAAGUAAGCGAAUUUGAAGUCCGAGAAGAUCUCAGAAGUUGGGAGAUCUCGUGGGCUAAAUGA